UACUCUUACAUGUGUGGAGCGAGUCCACUUUCAAGAUCGCCAAGUGACCGCAUCGGGAAUUGAUCGUCGAUAUCCACCUACGGCUAUAUAAACAGGACGAAUGUUUUAUUUAGCAUCAUUUUUAAUUGGAUUAUCGACGCAUUAACAAUGGCAGCUAAGUUGGUUGUAGUACUCGCCGCAGUGGUAGCUUUGGCUCACAGCUCAGUGGUGCCACUCGCGCGAGCAGACGCUGACUACACAAGCUUUGCGUACGACGUGGCGGACCCCUACACCGGCGACUUCAAGAGCCAAGUCGAGACCCGCGUGGGGGGCAACGUGCAGGGACAAUACUCCCUCCUCGACGCCGACGGCACCAAACGCACUGUGGACUACGCUGCUGAUGAUAUAAACGGAUUCAACGCUGUAGUGCGUAAAGACCCCGCGGUUAUUGCUGCCCCCAUUGCUCCCGCUGUUGCCGCUGCCCCCGCCGUCAUUGCCGCCCGCACUUUCGCCGCCCCCGCUCUAAUUGCCGCCCGCAGUUUUGCUGCCCCUGGCCUUAUUGCUCCAUCAGUGUAUUCCGCCAGUCCUGCCGUCAUCGCCGCCUCUCCUUACUAUUCUGCCCCCCUUAAAUACUGGUAAACUUGGAACUACUGGACGUUUUGUUAUUAAACUGAGUCAUUGUAAUAUCAUGUUAUGUAUUUAAUAAUAAAACUUAAUCAAAAAUA